ACCACCAAUAGUAGCGACAUCUAGUUUGGUUUCGGGAACUAAUGUUUUUUUUUAAUACUUCAUCAUUGCCUUCGUUUUAUUACUUUGGUCCUUCUCUUUAUUAUUUUAAGGACUUAUUGACCUAUUCAGAGACUUCAUUGGUUCAUAAAACAAUCAGGAAAUAUUAAAAAAAAAUAGUUCCCGAAAUCAAACUAGAUGUCGCUACGGUACGUUCUUGAUUUCUCCAUGACAACCAUUCCGGUUUUCUUUCACGUUUAAAAGUAAAUUAGUUUUCAAAACUCAAUAAACAACUCAUAUUCUAUUUGUACUUUUUCGUAUUUGUAUUGAUAUCUAAGUUUCGAACUUUUCAAAUUUCUAUUUUUUUAAUAUGUUAGUUAAAAGGAACGGAAAUGACUGUCUUUGGUUCAUUCGUUUCCUGCAACAAUCAACUUUUGCUAGAGUCACCAUCUAGUGGAGGUACUUUUUUUAUGCUUUCGUUCUUUUUAAAUACUUCCUCAUUGCAUGCAUUAAACCUACUAUUAAAAAAAUGUUUUGACAUUUUAUUGACGUUACAUUGACAUUUUGUCUAUGAAAACUUCAUUCAUAUUCUUAUAAAGGUGUGAUGUGAGUAGUGCGGUUUCAUAGGCGAAAUAUCUUACAAAUCAAUUGCAAUGAGGUAGCAUCGGUUUAUAAAAGUUCAAUAUAACAUCUAAAUAAUAUGCCUUAAAGUAUUUGUGUGAAAAAAGAUAAAAAUAAAUCUUUACGGGGAUGCCGAACAUGAACAAUGCCAUCGUCGCCUGUGAUGAAUAUGAAGUUAUCGGUGAAGGUCAGUGGCAGACCCUUGAGAAUAGUGGUGAUGAACAAAUCAUCAAAAUAUAUGGUUUCAAAUAUUCGAAAGUCCGUGCGAUUUUAUUUCAUAGCACUUGCAUACUACUAUGUGGGUUACCAUACUUUGCUUUGGCUUAUUAUCCGUCUUACAACAGAUUCAAGUACCUAAAAUGCAGUUUGAAAAUGGCUGAGCAAGUUUGUGUGACGGAUGCAGAUGGUCUAUUUAAAAUAGAAAAAGUGAGAGACAUUGAUCUUAAUCUCUCAAAUCACAGAGAUAACAAAUUACGCUAUUUCAUUUACCAACAUACCCGUUUCAUCUGGCUGCAUGAUCAGGGAGCCUUCACCAAUGUCCUGGCACUCAAUGACAGGCUAACCAUCAAUCUAUUGAUGGAAAAUGUGUCUGGUAUUAACAAGCGUCAACAGAAUGAACUGAUCAAGUUAUAUGGAAACAAUUCUGUAGAAGUGGAAGUAAAGAGUUACUGGACUUUAUUUGUAGAAGAAGUUUUCAAUCCUUUCUAUUUAUUCCAAGUUUUUUCUAUCAUAUUGUGGUCAUUGGAUGAAUAUUAUCAAUAUGCUUCAUGUGUUUUCAUACUAUCUACACUGUCCUGUAUGCUGGCUUUGUAUCAAACGAAACAGAUGAGUAUAAACUUGCACAAAAUGGCGGGUUCGACGAGUGCUUUCACUGUGACAGUGUUGAGGCCAUCGCGCACCGGUCGUGAGGAAUGUGUCGUGAAUGCUAGUCGGCUAGUGCCCGGCGACGUGCUUGUUCUGCCGCCCGAUGGAUGCGUUAUGCCGUGCGAUGCUAUGCUGCUCACCGGCACUUGCAUAGUUAAUGAGAGUAUGCUCACUGGUGAAAGUGUACCAGUAAUGAAAGGCCCUCCAUGCCCUUCUGCAGAAGUCUAUUCAACAGAUGGACAUAAAAGGCAUACACUAUUUGCUGGUACCCACGUGAUUCAAACCAGAUUUUAUGGAAAUAAUCAGGUUUUAGCUAAAGUUGUACGCACCGGUUUUUACACAGCCAAAGGAGAGUUGAUAAAAAGCAUACUGUUCCCAAAGCAACUGGGUUUCCAGUUCUACAACGAUGCUGUCAAGUUUGUAAUGUUCAUGUUCUGCAUUGCGGCAAUAGGCAUGGCAUAUUCUAUCUGGUUAUAUGUUCUCAGAGGGAGUCCCGUCGGCACAAUAGUUUUGCGUACACUGGACAUCAUAACAAUAGUAGUCCCACCCGCGCUACCUGCAGCGAUGACAGCCGGUAUAGUGUACAGUCAACAGCGUCUGCGCAAGAACAAAAUAUUUUGCGUUUCACCGCCAAGGAUUAUUAUAUGUGGCAAACUGCAAGUAAUGUGUUUCGACAAGACUGGUACUCUCACGGAGGACGGCUUAGACUUCUAUUCAGUGAUACCGGCACAAUCGGAUGAGAAGUUCGGCAAAUGCGUAGUAGAUGUGAACAGUUUGCCGGCUAAAAGUCCUCUCGUACAGGCUCUAGCUUCCUGCCAUUCACUCACCAGUAUCCAAGGACAACUGAAGGGGGAUCCUCUUGAUCUCAAAAUGUUCGAAUUCACUCAGUGGGUACUUGAAGAGCCAGGUCCAGAGAAUACACGAUAUGAUAACUUGACACCGGCUAUUGUAAAACCCGCCGCCACACCUGAUGCUGACCUUCAAAAUUUGGAUAACUAUGAUCCUUAUACUAUGGAAAUACCCUAUGAGAUUGGUUUGUUACGGCGUUUUCACUUUUCGUCGUCGCAGCAAUCGAUGGGAGUAAUCGCUAGAGUACUUGGUCAACCACAGAUGAUAUAUUUCGUCAAAGGUGCGCCUGAAAAGGUUGCAGGUAUGUGCAAGCCAGAGUCUUUGCCAGAUAACUUCGCAUCCGUACUCAACGAGUACACCUCGAACGGGUUCCGUGUGAUCGGCCUCGCUCACAAGAAACUCGAUCGCAAAAUGAAAUGGGUCGACGCGCAGAGAAUUAAGAGGGAUACACUUGAGUGUGAUAUGACUUUUCUAGGCUUUCUAGUCAUGCAAAAUAGCCUGAAACCUGAGACCACUCAAGUGAUCAGAGAACUCCAUGAGGCGAAUAUUCGACAGAUCAUGGUCACUGGUGACAAUAUAAUGACGGCUAUGUCUGUAGCUAGAGGAUGUUUCAUGGUGCAACCACAUCAGAAACUUGUGUUGAUUACUGUAGGACAUCAACAAACUGACGACUCGAGACCGCCUUUGUCGAUGGAGGUUGUCGGUGAAGGAUGCCCACCAAAAAUGUCAAUGGACGUUUGUGUCCUUGCACUAGAAGGAAAAACGUGGACAGUCAUAAGAAAUCACUAUCCAGAAUUGUUGCCUGUCGUAUUAAGCAAAGGCAUGGUGUUCGGUCGAUUUGGACCGGAUCAGAAAACGCAGCUGAUCACAGCGCUCCAAGGUGAAGGUCUGAUUGUGGGCAUGUGUGGAGACGGCGCUAAUGACUGCGGCGCGCUUAAAGCAGCACAUGUCGGCAUCUCGCUCUCUGAAGCUGACGCAUCAGUUGCCGCACCUUUUACAUCACGUGUGCAAAACAUUAGAUGUGUGAAACUUCUCGCACUAGAAGGCCGCUGUGCUCUUAGCACAUCAUUCGCCAUUUUCAAAUAUAUGGCGCUCUAUUCGCUGAUACAGUUCUUCUCUAUACUUAUCCUCUAUAACUUCUACUCCAUCUUGGGCAACAACCAGUUCCUGUAUAUCGAUCUGGUGCUAACUACUCUACUGGCUCUAUCGUUGGGACGCGCAUCGCCUGGUCCUAUACUGACCAAGCAGUCACCUCCCGUAUCUCUGGUGGCUUUAUCCAGUAUCCUGCCACUCAUCAUGCAAGUCACACUAGUGCUAUUGAUGCAACUAGCGCCUAUAUAUCUCCUCUACACUCAACAAUGGUUCAGUCCAGUAGUUGGCGGACCAGACGUAGAGCAAGUAUUGUGCUGGGAAAACACAGUCAUAUUCAUCGUAUCGGCGUUCCAGUAUUUAAUAAUGGCGUGUGUGUACGCUAAAGGAUGGCCCUUUAGACAGCCGUUCUGUGCUAAUUACUAUAUGGUGAUUACAUUACUAACUCAAGCAGUAUUUGUGACGUUAUUACUAUUGUGCCCGUGGUCGUGGCUCUCGAAUCUAAUGGAAGUGACACCCAUGGAUACCUCGCAAGUGGAACAAAGCAUGUUUCGUGUAUACUUACUCAUCAUACCCUUACUACACCUAAUAUUGGCUAUCGGCGUCGAGGCCACUCUAUCGGACGUGGAUAAAUUCCGAACAUUGUUUCGUAUCGCUCGACGGCGGCGGUGUGAUGACGUCGAAGAUAUAUCUGCUGAUGCCGAAUGUCCAUUAUGGCCGCCGCGUUCGCCCACACACGUCUGCUGACGAGAACCUAACAAAACAUGUGAGAACGAAUAUCAUC